AUGGUAGAAUCAUCUUAUUCCGGUUCGGCCAUCGACUGCGCUUAUUCUGUUGUAGUUCAAACAAGUCGCAAAGAAAAUGCUGGAACCACAGCGAACAUAUUUGUACAAUUAGCGGAUAUCGAAGGUAAACAAACAGACAAAGUGCGUCUUAAGUGUUCAAUUAGUCAUCGGAAGAAGUUUCAACGGGGUCACUCGGAUUUAUUCUUGCUAAUUGAGCAAAGUCCAUUGUCGAAGCUCAAAUCAUUGGAAAUAUGGCAUGAAAAAAAAGGUGACUGUAGGCCUUGGUUACUGGAUUCCGUCUAUAUCAUUGAACACGCGCAUCAUACACUAUAUCAAUUUCCAUGUCACAAAUGGCUUGGUGACGAUCCAGAUGAUUUAAUUUCAAGUGUGAAGCUUGAAGCUGUUGGAAAACCGUUUAAAGUUCUGUAA